AUGGAUGCCCAGCUCCUCGUCGGAGCUCCGUCCGCGGCGUGGGUGCCUGGAUCUGGCCAUGCGGGGCCAGAUCCGUCCAUCACCGGCCCUGGCGAGCAUCCCCAAUCCCGACUUUGUGGCUCCCGUUGCCGUGCUGCAGUCCCCACCGCCGUCCUCUGUUCCUCGCUGUGGGCAGUUCAUCUGCACUCCAUCUUCGCCUUCGACGUCGCCUCCCGUGCACGCGGUGUCGCCAUUCAUUCAACCCCCCGCAACGGCCGCUCCCUCCUCCCCUACGCCGCCGACUCCACCAUCUUCCUCGACGGCGAGCCCAAGGGUGGUAUCGGCAUGCCCACAAGCAACUCGCAACCUUUGUUUUCUGAUAUGUUUAUCUUUCCACCUUUUCAGUUAGUUGAUUAUGGUCAUGAUGGAUGUCUUUUGAUGCUCCAAGUCUGUUUGGAUGAAGUGCUGUUGAAUGACAGGGAGGCUAAAAACUUGCAGUUGAAGCAUGAUCUUUUAUCCUCUACUUUCAGAUAUUGUCUGGAUAAAACUUACUUCAGCACUUGUUUCUGUGAGGCACUGAUGCGGAUAAAAACUGCUACAGAUGGCCUCCUUGAGACUCUAUCGAGUGUACUGGAACUCUCAGCAGCCGAGAAAGUCGGUAUUGGUCUUGCACUGUCAGAUUCUGAUAAUUCAGGCAUGAAGCUGAAAGGGCAACAAUUUGCAAUUGCUCAAAUUGAGGAGUUGUGUUUGAAUCCUGAUCAAUCGAUACCAAACGACCAAAUUCAUGAAAUUAUCGUCUUCCUUCACCAGACCGAUGGCCUGCCAAAGCAUAUGGAUACUUUUAGUAACAUUGCUUCUUUUCUAGAAGUUGGACAGAGUCCUUUUUUUGCUCCCAUCCCCAAGGAGCAGUAUGAUGCUCAGUCAAUAAAUCCUUCAAGACAUUUGGAGAUGUACUUAGAUAGCACAAAUGAUGACUUCGAGUCACUUCUUUCUGAAAUUGGGAAAGAAAUAAGUAUGGCGGACAUCGUAAUUGAGUUGGGUUAUGGAUGCACUGUUGACAGCACACAGUGUAAGGAAAUACUAUCCACUUUUCAGCCUCUCGAUGAUUUGGCAAUAUCUAAGUUGCUCGGGGCAGUUAUUGGCACUCAAAAUAGUCUCGGAGAGGCCCAUAACACUUAUGCAACCUUUGUAUCUGCUAUUCGGAAUACCCACUUGAGUGAGUCACCUCAGUUCCUUUUCUUCGCUUCACGCUUUUGCAUUCUAAUAACUUGGUUGUUCUUUCCCAUGUAG